CUUGGCCAGCUUCGCGCCUCCGCCGCCCCAACGCGUGCCUCAGAAGGGAGCGGCCGAUCUGUGCGUGACGCCUCGAGGGCGGGGCCUCCCUAUUAAAAGGGGCCAGAGGCGGCGGCGCGGGCCCCAGGCCCUGGCCCAAGGAGGGCUCGUUCGUUCUGGGUCCUAGCCGCCGCGGGAUCGAAGUCCUCGGGCCACCGUGACCACCGUGAUCAAGAUGCAGCUCUUGAUGAGAGUGCCCUCUCUUCCCGAGCGGGGUGAGCUGGACUGCAACAUCUGCUUCCGACCCUACAACCUCGGGGCCCGCGCGCCCCGCCGCCUGCCUGGCACGGCGCGCGCCCGGUGCGGCCACACACUGUGCACCGCCUGCCUGCGCGAGCUGGUGGCGCGGGGCGACGGCAGCCGCACGGCCGCGCGCGUGGUGCGCCUGCGCCGCGCUGUCACGUGCCCCUUCUGCCGCGCGCCUUCCCCGCUCCCGCGCGGCGGCGUCACGGAGAUCGCGCUAGACCCUGACUUGUGGUCACGGCUGGAGGAAAAAGACCGGGCUGAGCGUGAAGGAGACCCGAUGGGGAGCCCGGCCAAAGAGAGCGGAGAGGGUGGAGAGGACGACGACGGGGAAGAGGAGAGCGAGAAGGAGGCGGGACCUUCAAGUGCGGGUUGGCGCGCGCUUCGCCGGAUUUUCGACAGGGUCCUGGUGCCGGCGCGCCGCUUGCGGCGUCCGUUGCCUAGCAAUGUGCUCUACUGUCCAGAGGUCAAGGACAUUGCCCAUAUGACUCGUUGUACGCUGUAACCGAACAACCCGGGAGCUAGGGCAGAAAGCAGGUGGGAGCAGCAUCCUCGAUACAAAGGGUUGAUGUCAAGACUACCUGGAAGUCAAGACUUAUGCUGGAAUUGGUACGUGCGUGAUGGAGAUGGAGCUGAUCAGAAAGUACCCUAGGUGGUGUGAAUUAUGAGCGGCGAAGGCUCCUAGACUAUGCCAGCAUUACAUUUUCAGAAUGGAGUGGCCAAGGGGUAAUAGAAACAAAGCCUACCAUAAUGUGGCAAGAAAAAAAUAACAAAGCUUUGUUCUGCGUCUGUGGUGUAAGCAAUGGAUCCCAUUUUAGCAGUGGUCUAUGGUUGAAAAAUGUUUACUUUGGAAAAAGGACAGGACAGGAGAUAGGCUAAUUUUUGUGUCAUGUCAAUCUCACUUAUCUGGUUAUGUGUGUUUGCUGGCGUGCCAUCUUCCCACUCCUGGUUCCGUGUUCCAGAAAUUACUGAGUUGCCUCCCUGUUUAUGAUAGAAGUCUUGCAUACACAACCCCCCUUCAGCUUGAGGGGGUGAAAACAGCCAAGGGGCAUUUAUUUACAUGAGGCCUUAAUUAAGGCUUAUCAAGGAUGGGUGAGCCAUUUGAUAAAGGAAGCAAAAUUAGCCCUUUAUUUGUUAUCUUUACUGACUCUGUAGCAAUACUGUAAAAAAAAAAAGAUGCUCACAUAAUUUUACUUUGUGUCCCAUAAUGGGACAUUGUUUAUUGUAUGUAGUUAGUUCUAUUUUAAAGUCCUGUAAAUAUCUUACUAUAGACUUAAAAUCAAGACCAGCAAUGUUGGUUGGUCUCACAGCUUGCUAGAAAUGCAGAAUUUCAGGACCCCAGUCCACAUUCCCUGAUAUUUUUAGAACCCCAGGUGUGUGUAUAUAAGUUAAAAAACACUGGUUUAGAUCUUAGUCACUCUGGGAUGUCAUCAUCUGUAGGUGAAACAUUUAAAACACUAAUGACAAAGUGACAUUCUUUUGAGAAGAAAUUUUUUUUUUCUGAGCUACAAAUGUGAAUUUACAAUAGACCUCAGUUUUCAGGUCUUCAAGAUUUUGUUUUUACUGACAAUGUAUGUAGGUAUAGGGUAUAAACCUCCAUUUUUAAAAUGUUUUGUCCUUUUCCUGUCCUUAAGUUUCAGCUUAAAUGUCCCCUUUUGGAGCAUGCACCUGUUGUAAUGUGCCUAUUUUCUAUAUAUGUGUUGCCAAAGUGAAUGCUACGUUUAUUUUCUGUUAUUUUAUGUUUUGAGUGUUUCUAGAGUAUAAACUUCAAAUGACUAACUCCAGAGCCAAUAGCAGUGUUAAUGUAUUAUAUGUAUUCAAAAAUGUUUGCUGAAUUUAUUUCGAAUGUAAUGAUCUCAAGAAUAAAGUAUUGGGGCUCAUUCAACCUG